GCGGUUUUCAAGCAGAGAGCACGGCUGUAUUCAGCUGGACAGCAGGGAAGAAAAUCCUCCAGUGCACCAGCGGGGAUUCGUCACUGCAAAGGCCGGGAUUGGAACUCUGACUGCCGCGGGACAGGCGCACGCACAGCCCGGUAACUAACUGGUGGUUGUUUGGUCGAAGUGAACAAAACACAGAGGGGAGACGCGGAGAGACAGAUGGAAAGAUGGAGACCCCAGUGUGAACAGGCAGCUCAGCGCAGUUAAACAAAGCUCGGCUGGAGUAAGCUAAGCUGGGACACCUUCAUAACUAUGGCUGAUAGGCUGUUUAGUUUUUCAGCCAACAGGCGCAUCAUCGCCGGGCUACUGGUCAACCUGCUCUCCUCCAUCUGCAUUGUUUUUAUCAACAAGUGGAUCUACGUACACUAUGGCUUCCCCAACAUGACCCUGACCCUGGUUCACUUUGUGGUCACCUGGCUGGGACUCUACAUCUGCCAAAAAAUGGACGUUUUCUCUCCAAAAAGCCUCCCAGUUCGUAGGAUUGUGUGGCUGGCUCUCAGCUUCUGUGGGUUCGUGGCCUUCACCAACCUUUCCCUGCAGAACAACUCAAUAGGAACGUACCAGCUGGCUAAGGCCAUGACCACACCCGUCAUCAUCCUCAUCCAGACCACCUACUACAAGAAGACCUUCUCCACCAAGAUUAAACUGACGCUGGUGCCCAUAACGUUAGGGGUGAUACUGAACUCAUACUAUGAUGUGCGGUUCAACCUGCUGGGGACAGUGUUUGCAUCGCUGGGUGUUCUGGUAACAUCGCUUUACCAAGUGUGGGUGGGGGCGAAACAACAUGAGCUCCAGGUGAACUCCAUGCAGCUUCUGUACUAUCAGGCUCCUCUGUCCUCAGGCUUCCUGCUCUGCAUUGUUCCUUUCUUCGAGCCGCUGACUGGAGACGGAGGAAUAUUUGGACCCUGGUCUCUGCCUGCUCUGGUGACAGUGCUGUUCUCAGGUGUGGUGGCGUUCCUGGUCAACCUAUCCAUCUACUGGAUCAUAGGAAACACCUCAGCUGUCACCUACAACAUGUUUGGUCAUUUUAAAUUCUGCAUCACCCUGGUAGGAGGCUACCUGCUCUUUCAUGACCCACUGUCACUCAACCAGGCGUUGGGGAUCCUCUGUACUCUGGCAGGUAUUCUGUCUUACACUCACUUCAAACUGGUUGAACAGGAGGAGGGGAAGAGCCGCCUGGCUCAAAGACCGUAGGAUGACUUACCUGUCAAUCAACUACACAGAUUCCUGCCAUUGGCUGCCUGCAGUGUGACUGGCAGAGACCUCUUAAUUUUUUUUCUAUUUUAUUAUGAGUAUUUUUUUAGGAGAUUAAAGAAUUUCAUUGUGGUUCCCUGAUGGGAUUAAAUGUGUACAACAUGUCGACAUGCAUGACAUGUGCUCUUCAUGCUCUUCCCAUGGUUCUUUGUUCAACAACUCACUGCUGCUGUUUGUGGCGUGCUGUUGGCAGAUUGAAUCAGAAGGACAAUACAGGGUGGACACAGUUAAAGGUCUGUAAAAGACCCUGUGAGCGAAGCAUCAAACCUUCAUCUGCUGCUGCAGGCAGGCGCUGCCUUGAAAAUAAAAAUAAUAAAUAUUUUAGUAAAAUAAUAAUAGCAAUUUUUUCCUGCUACUUCAGCUCAUCAAGCAGAAAACAAUGGCAGCUCAACAUACACAACCAAAACAAAGUAUUUCAACACUGUACAUCCUCUUUCACCUGUUUCUGCUUUUAGAUACUCAGACAAACUACAGUAUACUAAAAUGCCCACAGACAUGAGAAUCUAUCAGCUGUUAAGGAAAAGUUUGAGAACCACUGCACUAAGGUCCCACCAGCCAAAGGAAAAGAGAGGGACUGUGAUUAAAUCAAUUGUUAUCCUUUUUUUUAUAUAAACAUGUUUGUAGUUUAAAUCCUUGUUAUUUACACACAAAAAUCAGAACCUAUCCUUUAAUAUACCUCAGCGCUGACUUAGGAUGAUAGUUGCACUAGUCUCUCUCAACAUGAAAAAUUAUGGAGUGAUUUCACAGCAGAAUGUCACUGUUGAAAAUGUUGAUGGAUCUGAGCCUUUAAACAGAACAGUUGUCAAACAGCAGGAACAGUGUUGGGUCAUGAUCUUUUUGUUGUUUUAAAUUCAGUGUUUAUCGUCAUAGAAUUUCAAUUUCUACUUAUGAACGACUCUUAGUCUCAUUCAGUGUUAGUUUAAUUUUCUUAUUUUUCUUAAUUUUUAAAUAAAUUUUUGAUAAUUUUUUGCUGCGUGUGAAGAAUCUGAUCACACCCACCUAACAGAGAUGUAGUGAUUUCUACUUUUUUUUUUUUUAAACAUUUCAGAUGCAUACCUACACCUGUAGGAUCACAGGUGGUGAGGGACAGGCAGGUGGUGUGGAGGUCAAAGGUUGGGAUGGUGAUUAAUCCCAGCUGAAAUCUGUUGUAUAUUUAAUAAUUUAAAAAGUGCUGAAAUAAAACUCUAAUCUUCAUUACAGGAA